AUGUCUAAAGCUUUUCUCAUUUUUAUGUUCACCUUGACGAUAUUACUUUUCUUCAAAGCAACAAUUAUUUUAGCACAGAGUGGAUAUCUCACUGAGGACGAAAAGAAUGCUCUUCGUGAAAUAGCUGAUCAGUUGGGCAAAAAGGACUGGGACUUCACCUGUCAAGAACUGGAAAUACCCGAUAUGCAUUACAACGAUUCCAUCAUCUGCAAUUGUACUUCCGCUGGUGGUGUAUGCCACGUAGAAUCGAUAUAUCUAAAAGGACAGGAUUUGGCAGGUGUCCUUCCGCCCUCACUGGCAAAGUUACCCUACCUCAAGAAAAUUGAUCUUGCCCUCAACUACCUCAGUGGUACAAUACCCAAGGAAUGGGAAGCAACCAAACUGGAGUUCAUGUCUCUUAUGGCGAACCACUUAUCUGGACCCAUACCAAAAUACUUGGGAAACAUUACUACCCUCGUAUAUAUGAACCUGCAGAGUAACAGAUUUAACGGGACCGUUCCAGCAGAACUAGGGAAGCUGGUCAAUUUAAAGAAUCUCAUUCUAAGUGAUAACAAUCUCGCUGGUGAGUUGCCGACUGAAUUAAAUAAUCUAAAAAUGUUGACAGAUCUUAGGCUAAGCAGUAACAACUUCACUGGAAAAUUACCUAAUUUUCGGAGCUGGACAAACCUUCAGAAAUUAGAGAUACAAGGCAGUGGUUUUGAAGGACCCAUACCUCCUAGUAUUUCCAUCUUAAAAAAUUUAAUUUACCUAAGGAUUAGUGACUUGAAUGGAGGUGCUUCAGAGUUUCCACGGCUAAGAGACAUGAAAAAGAUUGUGUAUUUGAUGUUAAGGAGCUGUAACAUAAAUGGAACCAUUUCUAAUGACCUUGAAGAAUUUACGUCAUUGAAGAGUCUAGAUCUGAGCUUUAACAAGUUAAAAGGAGAGGUUCCAAAUUUUGAAUACCUACGACUUCUAGAUACCAUGUAUCUGACUGGUAACUUUCUCAGUGGGCAAAUUCCAAAGUGGAUCAUGAGGAGAAGUGAAGAUUACUUUAUAGAUCUUUCUUACAAUAACUUCAAUGAGACUUCUGAGCCAUCAAUUUGCAGGGAAAAUCAAAACUUGUUCAGAAGCUUUAGUGGAGUAAACAGUGUAGAACAAGAGAAGUGCCUCAUUCCUUGUUCAAAGGAUUGGUAUUCCUUUUAUGUAAAUUGUGGUGGAGGGGAAGCUACGAUUGGCAAAAGAAAAUUUGAAGCUGAUGAAGAAUCAGGAGGUGCAGCAAAAUUUGUUCACUCAAAAGAGCAUUGGGGAACUAGUAGUACAGGACACUUUUGGGACGUUGACCAAACAAAUGAUGUCUAUACAGCAAAAAAUGUGUCUGUGCUGAAAAUGAAGGACUCUGAACUCUAUACAAAUGCGCGUAAAUCUCCUUUAUCUCUCACUUAUUACGGGCGUUGCUUAGCAAAUGGAAACUACACCGUGACACUUCACUUCGCAGAGAUAGUUUUCAGAGAUAAUGGCUCUUUCCAGAGUCUUGGAAGACGGAUGUUUGACGUUUAUAUCCAGGACGAAAGGAAAUUGAAAGAUUUUGAUAUUGAAAAGGAAGCGAAAGGUGUUGAUAAAGUUGUGAUAAAACCAUUUAAGGUGAUGGUUAAGAGUAAAACUCUGGAUAUCCGGUUUCACUAUUCUGGGAAAGGAUCAACAGCCAUCCCUACAGGAGGCAAUUAUGGCCCUUUGAUAUCAGCUAUUUCCGUGGAAUCUGAUUCUAAGCCUCCAUCGAAAGGAAAGAAGAAAAUUUUCAUCCCAACGGGAGUAACAGCUUUGGCAAUUUUUCUCAUUCUCAUUAUUCUCUUUUUUUCAUGGUGGAAAGGCUAUAUAGGAGGCAAGAUCUCAAGGGAACAAGAACUAAGGGGAUUAGAUUUGCGGACUGGCUUUUUUACUUUUAGACAAAUCAAAGCCGCUACAAACAACUUUGAUGCUGCAAAUAAAAUUGGGGAAGGUGGUUUUGGAUCUGUCUACAAGGGUAUACUCUUCGAUGGUAGUGUAAUUGCUGUCAAGCAGCUGUCUUCCAAAUCAAAGCAAGGGAACCAUGAAUUCGUGACUGAAAUAGGCAUGAUUUCUGGUUUACAGCAUCCAAAUCUAGUAAAAUUGUAUGGAUGUUGCAUUGAGGGAAGCCAGUUACUGCUGGUGUAUGAAUACAUGGAGAACAAUAGCCUUGCCCGCGCUUUAUUUGGACCAGAGGAAUGGCAAGUAAAAAUGGACUGGCCAACUAGACAAAGAAUUUGUAUCGCCAAACUUGAUGAAGAUGAUAACACCCACAUCAGCACUAGAGUUGCUGGGACAAUUGGGUAUAUGGCUCCUGAAUAUGCAAUGUGGGGUUACUUAACCUACAAAGCAGACGUGUACAGUUUUGGCGUGGUUGCACUAGAAAUUGUUGCUGGAAAGAACAACAUGAAAUAUCGUCCCAGUGAAAAUUUCUAUUGCCUUCUUGAUUGGGCUACGGUUUUGCAGAACGAAGGAAGGUUGAUGGAGCUCGUGGAUCCAAGGUUGGGUUCGAAUUUCAUUAUGGACGAGGCAGAGCGAAUGAUCAAAGUUGCUCUAUUGUGCACCAAUUUAUCUCCGGCCCUAAGGCCUCCAAUGUCCACAGUUUGUGGCAUGCUUGAAGGAUAUAUAAAUGUAGAGGAAUUUAAGAUAGAUCCAAACAUCUAUGAAGAUGAAUUGAAUCUUCAAGCACUCAGAGAGAAGUUCGAAGACUUGGAACCUAAUUCAAGCGAAUCUCAGACCCUUACUCAUCCUUCCGAUGCACGAGAAAUUGGCUCGUCUUCUGUAUCUGCCAAAGAUCUUUAUCCAGUCAACCUUAAAUCUCUAUAA